GAGACAGAGAUGCAAAGACCGAGAUGCAGAAACAACCAUACCCACAUAGGCCUGCUUCUAAUAGUGGUAAUGAAAAUGCUAGAGACAGUACUGUGGAUCCAAGUAUUGGGGAUUUAAGUAAUAAGAUUGCUGGUUGGAUAAAGGAACGACUAAAUUUACUCAGGCAAGCAGCAUCUUCGAAUGAGAACCAAAAUGCUAGAGACGGUGUGGAUCCAAGUAAUGGGGAUAGAGGUAAUAAGCUUUCUCGUUGGAUAAAGAAACGACUAAGUUCACUCAAGCCAGCAUCUUAUAAUGGGAAUCAAAAUGCUAGAGACGACGGUACCUUUUGGACAAUGUGCAAUAGAUGCAAGGCACAAGGUAAAUAUAUGAGGGAUGAUUGUCUUGAUAAGGCCAUACUUUGUCCACAUUGUGAUCACCCUUUCAUUGCAAGUGAGAUCAGUCCAGAGGCAAGUCCCCAAAACACAAGUGGUAGUACUUAUUUAAAGAGAUUUUCUCCAUCAUCUGUUAGUUUCCACUUGAGUUGCUGUAAGGUCCAGGUCUUAUAGUGGAA